AUGUCGGAUUGGUCGCCUGCGGUAGUCCACUUGCUUGUGCACUUCUUCCCACUUGAGUUUAUGGACAACCUACUAACCAUUACUUGGGCCGUUCUUAGGGACUAG